AUGCGAGAUCUGCCGCUCAGGGUGAAUGAAGUGGUCUUUAGGCCCUUUCAAGAGAUCGAGAUCCCGCAGGAGGGGUUUGACAUCUGGACCACGUGGCCGCAGGCCGGAAAGUACGACUUCUUGUUAGGGCGGCUUCAUCUUCUGCAGGAAGAGAUGUUCGCGUUGGCGGCGACUACACAACCUUCCGAACAAGUGAUGAGAGAGAUAUCCGAGCGCAAUCCCGACAGCUGCAUCAGCGACAUCCUCGAACGCAUCACGAAACAUGAGAACAAAGACUUUGUGCCACUCGCGGCCGUGAUAGGUGACCCGCAAUCACUGAUGUAUCAUGAUCGCCAGAUCCUGCAAGCCAGUCUCCUACGGCUUACCUCCCACGCCAACUUUACGGAACGGCUAAGAUCAUGGAGUUGGUUCAUCGACAUUCUCGGCUUCUUAACCUCACGACCACGGUAUACACGCGGUAGCGAACUUAUCACGAGAGAAAGGAGAUGGACUGUCUUCUACCGGGUUGAUAAGUAUCCGUCCACCGAGAGCGUCAAUGACGGACGCUCUGCUGACCAACUGAGCUAUAUGGAGCUUGAGGACAUGCGAUUGAUAGUCUCUAAUACCCAAUGGCGACCUUGGAUCGUUCCCACCGAACAAGAAAUGACUAAGUUGCGCGAUCUGUUCGAAUCGCGAUGCCCAACUCACUGGUCCAGCUUCCAAGACCGUUUACCCGGUUUGAGAUACUACCAGUCUGCCACAUCACAAGCUAUCCGUUUUCUGGAUGGACUCCCACCCCAAUAUCGAAAGCAGAUGAGCGAAUCUCCCUAUAUGAAGCGAUGGUGGACGAAUUGCGACGUAUCAGAUGCCGUGCUUCGCACAGUCACUUGGAUCAACGAAGCGACUAGCUUAUCUUUGGGUGGAAACGCCCGCCCACCCUUCAGAACCCAUUUUGUCGGACCCUUCGACACCGUCCAGCUCGUCUGGAACAAAGUAAAGGAUGUCGCAGCAUUAUACACUGCAGCUACGGCUUGUACGCAGGCUCAACGUUCACCAUUUCCGACACGAGAUGAUCUUGCACUGGUUUUCGCAAACUAUGGUGAUGCUGCUUACAGCGACCCGGAACUACUGCCAGCAUCAGUGCGACAUAUCCUCUCGGGCAACUCUCUCGUGCAGUUUCCGUGCAUCAUAGGUACCCUGGAUGAGUUCGACGAAGAAUGCCAGUACGUCUCCACGUUGCUACAAGAUAGAAACAAAGAGGAUUGGGAAGCGUACCGGAACAGCAUACUGGAAGGAAUCAUUGAGGAAGAAGGAGUGGACUUCAAGACCGUACAGUCUCGGUACGCAGACCAUCGACCCCGCGCCAUGUGA